AUGCCAGCAGCUGGUGCGAUGAUAUCUCUUCCUCUCAACUCUAAUUAUCAUCCAGCCACUGAUGAAGAUGGCAACCAUCCCAGGGUUCAUAUUCAGUCGAGAAGAGAUAAAAGGAUCCAAUUGAGGAGUAAUGAGUGUUUGGAUUGCCCUAGACGUUAUGAGAUUGGAAGGGAAGAUGUUCUCCAGUCGGAGGGAUCAGGAUUCCCGAGGGACCAUUCAUCCCUCGACCUCAGUCUCCAGCUCCAGCUUCCAAAGCCUUCUGAGAUAUUACACAGCUUGCGAGCUGAGCUAAGCUACACCACUCCCUAG